AUGGGCGAAGAAGAUUAUUAUUCGAUACUAGGAGUUGAAAAAACGGCUUCUCAAGCGGCAAUCAAGAAAGCUUUUCGUAAUUUAGCUAUGAAAUAUCAUCCUGAUAGAAACAAAGCACCAGAUGCUGAGGAAAAAUUCCGCAAGAUAGCCGAAGCUUAUGAGACAUUGGCAGAUGAAAAGAAAAGAAGGGCUUAUGAUGCCGGUGGCUAUUCUAAUGAACAUUUUGCUAAUGACUUUGACUUCGAUGCGUUCUUCCGGAAUUUUCAAGAAAGUAACGAUUUGUUGUUAAAAAUUUUUGAAACUUUUGUCUUUAUUUUAUCUUACAGUAUAUUCAAAUUUUUUUUAGGCAUGAAGAUGCACACGAGCGCUCAUAUGAAGGCUCAUAUGGAAGCUACAGGAGGGAUUUUUGAGGACCUUUGGGAAGGUUUCGGUGACGCAUUUCCGGGUUUUGUAUCUCUAGACGAUUUUGAUCAUUUUGGGUCCUCUGGUUCACACGUUGGAGACCCAGCGUCGAUGUAUUCUGAAUCUGUGAAUGCUGGAGGUAAUAGAAUUGAAUAA